GGGGCGAUAGAAAUUUUGCGUUUCUAUCCUCAAAAGUUUCACUUCAAAUGCGUUUAACUUCUUCCGUUGAUAUGUCACCUUCUUUUCCGUCAUAUUGGAUCGAAGUGAACACAUCAGAUCGAAAUGUCGGCCCAUAAGACCUUUAGGAUUAAGCAGAAGCUAGCGAAAAAGCUGAAGCAAAACAGACCCAUUCCACAGUGGAUCAGGAUGCGUACGGGUAACACAAUCCGUUACAACGCCAAGCGUCGCCACUGGAGACGCACGAAGCUAAAGCUGUAAGCUACGCACUGGUCGAAUAUUCAGUUCAGUUGCAGAAGCGGAAGGUACAAUUCACAACUUUUUGGUUUGUGUUUGGAAUACAAAUACUUUGUAUUUGUACUUUGUACUUGUAAAUACUUUGUAAAACUUUGUACACGGUCUCCGGAGAAAUUGAUUCACUGACGGUGAGUGUACUCAUACUUGCUGUGUGGUUCGAUAAAUAAAAUAAAAGCUGCGAAGUUUCGAAGUGUACUUUUCGCUAUCUAAAA